AUGAGCAGCAGCUGGCUCUGGAAUGGGGCUCGCCAUCGUGCUGGCAGAAAGGGAGAGAAGGGAAAGGAAGGCGGUGGUGGUUCUCAUUUUAGAGAAGUGACUCUCCUGUCUCCUUGUCGCCAUCUGAAGCAGGUUCAGUGUGGUUCUCGUUCGAAAUUCCGAAUUACAUCCACCAAUCAGUCCUGGCAUCGGGACUUGGAUUCCGAAAAAGGCCAGUUUCAAAGUGUCGAAGACUUUCGCAAAGUCUUCAGUGACCACGUCCUCGCAAGGUGUGAGCCAAGUCUCGAAGGCGCCAAUGCGCUCGCCUGCCUUGUAGCCGUUAAGACAGGUGUGAGCAAGCGGUUGCCUACCAUGAUUGAAGUUUUGUUGCUGAAGGGAAUCUUUUGGGCCUUUGGAAGUAAGGAAUUGGAGAACAAAAGCGACGAAUGCUUAGAGGUGAUUUGUCGAAGGCAGGUGACAACGUUCACUUAAAUAAGGAGAUAUAACAUGGCGAUGC